UCAGACAUGGCUGGAAACGGGAGGCAGCUCCGUUUAACCGAGCCCCAUCUCCGACUCCGAGCCGCCUCCAAAAACUAACAACAACAAAAGUAGGGGGAAAAAAAACUUUUCCUUGCGCAAGUUAACGGGCCCGGGACAGACAGUCAGACUGGAAAAAGUUUGUGCAUGAAUGAGUUUGAGAGGCAGCAUUUAGAAAAAAAUAGUUUGUUGAGCUGAAAGGGAGGCGACAGGUUUGGGAGUCAGAGGGAGGGUCGCUGCAGCCGCGGGAGGUCUACACGCCUUUCAACGCACUCAAAUGAUGGCACCAACGAUGGCAGAUGGAUUUGCUUUUCGUGUUUAAGUAUGACAUCUCCGGUCUAAAGGUAUGACGGAUAAACACUUCUGUGAAAAUUUGCCUGUGCGUAAAAAUGGGAGUAAAGUGUUUCCAAGUAAAUGAAGAACGGCACGUUAAUCAGGUGUCAUACAUAUUGUGAACCCUAGUCGAUGGAUUUAUUACCUACAAUACAAGAAUAUUUUACCUGUACUUUCUCCAUAGGCUAGAAAUCUUGAAGCAUGGGCGACUGGAGCUUUCUGGGGCGGCUGUUGGAGAACGCUCAGGAGCACUCAACGGUCAUCGGCAAAGUCUGGCUGACUGUCCUCUUCAUCUUCAGGAUCCUGGUGCUGGGGGCCGCAGCCGAAGAGGUCUGGGGCGACGAGCAGUCCGACUUCACCUGCAACACCCAACAGCCCGGUUGCGAGAACGUCUGCUACGACGAGGCCUUCCCUAUCUCGCACAUUCGCUUCUGGGUGUUGCAGAUCAUCUUUGUGUCCACACCGACUCUCAUCUACCUGGGCCACGUGCUACACAUCGUCCGCAUGGAGGAGAAGCGGAAAGAGAAGGAGGAGGAGAUGCGCAAAGCAAACAGGUUCCAAGAGGAGAAAGAACUCCUUUAUAGAAAUGGUGGAGAUGCUGGAGGUGGAGGUGGCGGCAAGAAAGAGAAGCCGCCAAUCAGGGACGAGCAUGGCAAAAUCCGUAUCAGAGGCGCAUUGCUGCGUACCUAUGUGUUCAACAUUAUUUUCAAGACCCUGUUUGAAGUGGGAUUCAUUUUGGGCCAGUAUUUCCUCUAUGGCUUCCAGCUGAGGCCCCUGUACAAGUGUGCACGUUGGCCCUGCCCCAACACCGUUGACUGCUUCAUAUCGAGGCCCACUGAAAAGACUAUUUUUAUUAUAUUUAUGCUUGUGGUGGCUUGCGUGUCUCUUUUGCUGAAUUUGUUAGAGAUCUAUCACCUUGGAUGGAAGAAAGUUAAACAGGGCAUGACGAAUGAGUUUGCCCCCGACCACGAGUCGCUGCGCCGCGUCGACAUUGCAGAGCCUGAGUGUUUGGCCUCGGCCUCCAGAACUGCCCCAUCCAGCCUCAGCUACCCACCCAACUACACAGAUGUGACGGCGGGCAGCGGGGCGUUCCUGCCGCCCAUGGUGCCGGCAGCCGUGCCUUCGGCAGCGGAGUUCAAGAUGGACGAACUCCAGCGGGAGGAGUCCCUCCACCAGCCCUCCCCCUCCUCCCACUACUACAUCAGCAACAACAACAACCACAGGCUGGCCACGCAGCAGAACUGGGCCAACCUGGCCACCGAGCAGCAGACUCGGGAGAUGAAGGCCACCUCCCCCUCCCCAUCUUCCUCUUCCUCCACCAGCACUGACAAGGAGCAGCAGCCCAUCGAUGCUGCACUGCUCCCUCCAACCAGCAACACCACCAGUAACACCAACAUCCCCAACUCAACUGCCACUGCCGCCUCCAGCAGCAGCAGCCCCGACACUGCGUCCAACGCAGGCAGCUGGAGUGGGGGGAAGAGCGAGCAGGAGGAAGGCCAUGUCACCACCACCACUGUGGAGAUGCACGAGCCUCCAGUAACGGUCAGCACAGACCCUCGACGGCUCAGUCGGGCCAGCAAGAGCAGCAGCAUCAGGGCCAGGCCGAGCGACCUGGCUGUCUGAAUCCCUUCAACCCUUUCAUGUCCCUAAACCCUCCCUGACCAACACCCCGCUUCCCCAAACCCAACCCCCAAACACUGAUUCUCAGACAAAAAAAAAUCUCACAUGCAUAAAGGAAAAAAAAAUCAAAAAACAAAAAAAAGUCAAAAAACAGAAAAAGGCAAGGUGACAAGAGACAAGAAAGCAGAAAAACAAAUGGUUUGGGCAAAUGUGAAAUGACUUGAUCAGCAGCGGUCGUUGAUUUAGUGCAAUCGGUGAGUUGCAGAGUAGUUGAGGCAAGGUUUGUUUUUUUUGGAUGGUCUUAAUUUAUGCACACAAAAUGUGAUCAUGCAGUGCUAUGAAGUCAGACGGCUCCGCCCACAUGGAGCGAAGGACAUUGUGAUGUCAUAAUUUUGCAUCAAAAUGGACACAUCUCGGCAACAUGUUUGGUUUUGGGGGGGAGAUCUCACGGUGUUUUCUUUCUUCUUUUUGUUGAGCCUAAAGGACUUCAAAUGAAAACGAUUAUUUGUCAAAACAAUGUCUGGAUUUUUUUUUUUUUUUUUUUUGGAGGAAGCACAGGUAGCUGGCAUCAUUGUACAGAUCAGUUAUUUCAUGUGUAGCCGGACAAUAGCUCAUAUAUCUUGUUAAUCAUUUUUAUCUGGUAUUGCAGUUAAACCAGCAGCACAACGUGAACUGCGUGUUGCACUACAUGUCAACAGGUUGUUCCAGCGUUUGUCCUUUGACCUCAGUUGCUGCAUCACUUCCUGAUUUUUACCAAACACCUGUUGUGUUAAACAUAACUCAUCCAGGAAGAAAUUUCAUCAACAAACAUACAUGUACUGUGUUUCUUGUUGGUGUGCAUGCCAGCAUGUGUAGCCCUACAACUCACCGAUUCACUGACAGAUUUUUAAAGCUGGAUAGCUUGGUUUACCCAUGAUCCAUUGCUGCACUUCUCUGCAGAGACAAUAUAUAUUAUAACUGAAACAAAAAUGGAUAGGAACGGACUGAUGUGAUAAUCCCAGAGUCCUCAGAAUUAACAGACAUAGGCGCAGUGUGGACGGGAUAUGGGUCAAAACUGCUGGUAGAAGUCAUCCCUUUGAUUCCCAGAAUGCACCUGGGUCUCUACAAGCACCACAUUGUCAAUAACAGAGAUCAAAAUGUUCCCACUAUGCUGUUAGUUUACAAGACAGGAAAAUAGGAGCAGAGUCCCGUGCGCCUUCCUCUGUCAGCAUCACCUUCAGUCAACAUGUCUGAAAAGAGAAAUGCUCUGCACUAUAUGCACAAAUGACGAGAUAUUGCCUUCAAAGAAUCUUGAAAAUAUGAAAACACACGGCAGCCACCAUCUGAAGAAUAAUAUUCUACAUGUUCACUCAGACAAACAGCCUCCCAUAGCUCUUUUGUUAGACUUUAAACUGCUAUUUUUUUAGUUAGAUUGUUGGCAGAUAUUUUUGCCCUUAAACCCACAACCCCCUCACAGCUAAAGAUCGAGAGCAACUUGGGGAGUUGAGUGAUUUUCACCGUCACACAUUUCACGUUGCUUCUUCAUUGGUUUUAUUCUGAAAAGUGCUAUUUUUUUAAAUUGAAUUUUACUCAUAAAUUGCAUACUUGUAGUAGUCAGUUUGUGGUUGCAAAACAGCUACGAUUUAAACAAAAUGACCUGGCGAGUAUCAAAACGCCACGGUGCAGUCGACCUUGACGGCUUCUAUUUUGUUGUGUUCAUCUGAUACUUAGAGAUCUUUAGAAACCCAAACUUUUAACUGAAUUCAUCAGCAGCCGCAGUCCUCUGUCUCUGUUGUGUCACUGUGCUGUUUGGUUCAUUCACAACCCAGGCACUCACCUUAAAAAACUUGUUUUCUUUUUUUUUUUUUUUUUUUUUUUUUUUUUAGCUUUACAGCAACCUUAAUCUCCACUGUAUUAUCCUGUGAGUUUACCACAAGGGCAGAGUUGAAAGUACACAGUAAGACUGUGAAACUCAUUGGAAAUAUUGUACUCACAUGGCAUAAAAACACGAUUAAGUACUAAUAUGUUUGUGCACAGUAUUUUAUAGGAACAAUACUUUUCCAGCAGUUAAUGUGCAGGCUAAUACACUGGAGUAAGAGCAAAGUGGUAGCAGCUGUUUUUUGUUUUUUUUUAGGGGGGCGGGGGUUACAAAAUGAUGGUACUGUAUGGUGUAAGAGUAUCUGUACCCAUAUAAUGUUUCAUACUCUAUCUUAAGUUGCUUAAAUCACAUUUAGUGCAAACAGAAACACAAAGAGGAGAACAAACACUGACACAAUGCAUAGGUAAAAGCAGCCUUUCCCAAUCCAUGUUUCUUGUUCAAAAUGACAAAAAAAUCUUUGUUAUCUGCAUUUGUUUUUGAUCCCAAAAGUUUACAUUUUGGUAGUUGAUAAAGAUUUGCACAUUUAGGAAAGAAAACUUGCUGUUCUACAAUGCUAAUAUUGGUAGUAGUAGUAGUAGUAGAGAGAGCGAGAGAGUGAGAGCGAGAGAGCGAGCGUGACGAGAAAACUGCCAAUCUCUAUGAUCCUCAAAGGAAAAAAAAAUGUCUUAAAACUAAAACGCAGUGGCUCUUCAUAAAAAAGGCAGUAUUAAAAAACAAAACUUAUUUAUCUCGAGCUCAGAUAAUGAUGAGUUUAAAGAUUAAAAAAAAAACAAACAACAGCAGGAGAGAGAAAUAAACAGUUGGGGUAUUUUUCUUUGUGUUCACUCGGUAUGUUCUCACAGACAUCAAAACAGACGACUCCACUGUUGAGAGAAUGUUAGCUGGGUAGCUGGCCCUUCCCUAACCCUGCAUACGAAGCCCUGACAGGAUGUUGUGUUCAAAGCCCGUCGUCCCCGUAACUCCUCCAAAAACCUCUCUCCUCUUACGUUUCAUGCAGAGCAUGAUUUCUCUGGCUCGUCAGGGAGUAGGAUCCAUCUCACAAUGCUCAGAACAGCAACCUGUUUUCAAUGCUGUCUUAAACAAGAGAAGUGCCUUGUGUAUGAAUGAUUCUUUUGUAAGAACAAGUUGAUGUAAAUGUUCAUUUACCUCAAAUGUUUACAAAACUGUUACUAAAUAAAUUUUUUGUAC